AUAAAGGCACCACGAUUUUGUUGUUGAUGGCUUUCAGUUUUUUUUAAAUAAAUAUGCCGCCUACAGCAGAAUUAACGAGUGACAGUGACUUGGAGCAGGUGCUAGGGGAGUUCAAAUCACGCCAAGAGCGCCGCCUUAGUGUGGGUGACAGCAAGUACACAUGCAGUAUUAGCGGCUGUUCGGAAAGUUUCAGACGUUUGGAUCAAUUGGAUCGCCAUGAAUAUCAUCACACCGGAAUUAAACGACAUGCCUGCUCGUAUGAGGGCUGCGACAAGGUCUACUCCAUAGUCACCCAUUUAAAGCGGCACUUGCGUAGCACUCAUGAACGAAUCGAGCCGGCAGCCAAGACCAUCAAAUGCUCGGUAGUCGAGUGCGACAAACUGUUUACAUCUUCAUCCAAUAUGCUGCGACAUGUGCGGGAUAAUCACGAGUGCCCACGCGAAUAUCCCUGCCCCCAUUGCCCCAAGAAAUUCUCACAGAAAUUGAAACUCAAGCGUCACGAGAUUCGUGACCAUACACAAGACUAUCCGUUCCGGUGUGCGAAAUGUCAGCGCGGAUUCUAUCAACAGUGGCAACAGGAAAGCCAUCACAAAACAUGUAAACUCUACACCUGUCCCGAGUCCGGCUGCAAAAUGGAGUUCGAUAAGUGGACUAUCUACAUAAAGCAUUGCCGGGACACUUUGCACGGUCGUCGGAAGCACAAAUGCCAGGACUGCGAACAGUCCUACGAAAAGCCCAGCGAUCUAAAGCGUCAUCGUGAUGUCAAGCAUAGCGAGGGUGCUGCCAAAUCCUUUUCAUGUCCCGAGCCCAAUUGUUCGCGCUCGUAUAGCUAUGAACGUAAUCUCCGCCAGCAUCAAUUGGCCGUCCAUACAGGUCGACGUUUCGAGUGUCAGGCAGUGGAUUGUAAGCGUUGCUUUAGCAGUGCCCAAAAUCUGGCCAAACAUUUGAUAAGAGAUCACAAAGAGGAAGCGGCGAAGCCAACCUCAGAGCAGACCAUGACACCCACCAAAAAGAAAUCGAAAAAUCCUCGCAAACGUCGUCGAGAUUGUGGUCAAAGUAAACAUUCCCAACUGUCUAAACUCUCAGCUCUACCUCAACUGGACAAGGACACCGAGGAGGCAAUUCGUCAACGUGAAACUGGGGCAAUGGAGAAGGUGGCUCAAAAACUAAGCGUAGAGCAGCUGCUACAAGAGACUUUGGAAGAUUUGUAAAAUAAAUUUCCAUAUUCUUUUUUGAUUUGGUAA